CCGGUGGGAAAAGCCUUCGCCAUGGUGGCCAACAGGUCCAGCAACGGUCACUCCCUGGCCUCCGAAUGCAUCAAAUCCAACGACGGUGAUGAGGAGAUCAUCAAGGUUUACCUCAAGGCGCGGGCUGAGGGCGGCGUGAACCACGAGGAGCACGUCAACCAGCUGAAAAGUGAAGUUCGUUACAUACAAGAGGCUAGAAGUUCUUUGAAGAAGCUGCGGGAAGACUUAAGUAGUAAACUUGAGAACAGACAAGGAGAUAAACAGCACGCACAGGUCGUGCUGGAAAAGCAGAACGGGAGCUGGCUGUGCCCUGAGAGGCUGCGUGCCGAUUCCUGGGAGGAGGAGGAGGACUGCGCAGGUGAGGACGUGGAGAAGAUCCGCCAGACAGCAAAGAGGCUGUUCACCAAGCUGCGGGAGGCUGAGAGGCGCCAUCAGUUGGAGAAGAAAGCCUUUGAGAGGACGGUCUCGCAGUACCAGGAGGAAGCGGAGCAGGCGAGCUCAGCCCUGCGCAGAGCGGAGGAGAGCGUGGUGGAGAAGGAGGUGCAGGUGGACGAGCUGCAGAGACUCCUGGCAGGGAUGGAGAAGGAGCACAGGAGCUUGCUGCUGAAGAUGAAAGAAGGCGAAGCCGAGCUGGCGAGGCUGAGGAGCGUGGAAGGUGACAAGCUCGCCGAACAAGACCGGUCCGCCCAGCUGGAGAAGGAGGUGGCCAUGCUGCGGGAGAAGAUACACCACCUGGAUGACAUGCUGAAAAGCCAGCAGCGCAAAGUCCGCCAGAUGAUCGAGCAGCUCCAGAACUCCAAAACGGUGAUCCAGGCCAAAGACGCCGUGAUCCAGGAGCUUAAGGAGCGGGUCGCUUACUUGGAGGCUGAGAACCUGGAGAUGCACGACCGCAUAGAGCACUUGAUCGAGAAGCAAGUCAGUCGGGGCAGCCACAGCUCCAGAGUGCGCUCCAAGUCGGAGUACGUGGGGGGCAGCAAAAGGCUGUCGAGCCCCAAGCCGCUCCCUCUCAUUCGAGUAGUGGAAACAUGAGUUUCGAGGGCCGGUCCGAGCUGAUGACUCUCCCCUUGUUAUCGUUGGCUGGAUUUCCCUGCUUGACUGCCAUCCUCUGUGCUGCCAGCAUCUCCCUGGGGCUGCCGGCGCAGGGCUGUGCCCCGGAGAACUGUGGCAGCCGAGGGCAGGCGUAGCCGGGGCGGUCCUGGCAGAGGAAGGAGGUUUGCGAGGUGUCCACACUGCUGUCCCCGCUGGGUCCCAAGGUCACGCGGAUGCCAGUUUGGAGGCUGGGACCAGCCAGCCCCGGCGUGG